AUGCCUCAGAACGAGUAUAUGGAAAGAUGGCGCAAGCUGCACGGUCGUCGUCUUGAUCAUGAGGAACGAGUUCGCAAGCGUACCGCCCGUGAGGGUCACAAGGCCUCGCAGGAUGCUCAGAACCUGCGUGGUCUCCGGGCUAAGCUUUACCAGCAGAAGCGACACAAGGAGAAGAUUCAGAUGAAGAAGCAGAUCAAGGCUCACGAGGAGCGCAACGUCAAGACCGCCGACGAGAAGGAGCCUACGACACCCAUGCCCUCUUACCUUUUGGACCGUACCAACCCUUCGACUGCCAAGGCUCUCAGCAGCGCUAUCAAGAACAAGCGAGCCGAAAAGGCUGCCAAGUUUGCCGUGCCCCUGCCCAAGGUCCGAGGUAUCAGCGAAGAGGAGAUGUUCAAGGUUGUCAAGACCGGAAAGAAGAUCCAGAAGAAGGCCUGGAAGCGCAUGGUCACCAAGCCUACCUUUGUCGGACCCGACUUCACUCGACGCAACCCCAAGCACGAGCGCUUCAUCCGACCCAUGGGUCUCCGUUACAAGAAGGCCAACGUCACACAUCCCGAGCUUGGCGUUACCGUUCAGCUGCCUAUCAUCAGCGUCAAGAAGAACCCCCAGAACCCUCUUUACACUCAGCUGGGUGUUUUGACCAAGGGUACCGUUAUCGAGGUCAACGUCAGCGAACUUGGUCUUGUCACUGCUGGUGGAAAGGUUGUCUGGGGUCGUUACGCUCAGGUCACCAACAACCCGGAGAACGAGGGCUGCAUCAACAGUGUCCUUCUGGUAUAA